AUGGCAGGCAACUCCCACCACCCGGUCCACGUUCACGCGGCCCGGCCGUUAUACCGCUUCACUGCCACUGCCUUAGGUGCCAGCAUGUGGUUCUUCCUUAUGUACCGUGCUAAGAAGGACGGUCCGGCGCUGCUGGGUUGGAAGCAUCCUUGGGAUCACUAG